GCGCACUGAAGUCACACAGACAACCACAACUUUUAAAUGGCCUGUGCUUUUUUAUUAAAAAAAAAAUAUCAUCAGGAUUUUUACAAAUACAUUGCAUUUAUAUACCUAUCCCGGCUAUAUCGGUGUUUCGUCUCUGCGUGACACAGCGAUCCGCUGCGUGCCCUCAUGUCUGGCCAAACAGCUGCCUGAACCGCUGGAAGCCGCGGGAACAGAUGGCCUCGCCCGACAAAGAAAAAGCCGACCUGAGGACACACAAUCAGUCACCUGAAAGCAAUGAAAGCAGCCUGCAAAACAGACGUAUUUGGUAAUAUUUUAAAAAGGUUACUUCAUUUGUAACAUAAGCACAAAAAUGUAGACGUAGCUACAAUUGAAAUAAGUCAGAAUAACGUUAAUGCUUUCCUAUUCUUUCGGUAAGAUGAUUGUUAUGUGAUGCAACCGUGGUCUGAGAUGUAAAGAUGAUUUAUUUGGGAUAUAAAGUUAAAAGUUACCCCAUAGAAGUGCAAAUGUUUCCUAACAUUGUUGUAUAGGCUAUUAUUGUAUGUAUUGAUUAUACAAUAGUUUAAAUAACGGAAUGCAUUUUUCUUCAUAAUCAUAACAUCUUAAAUCACUUAGCAUUAGUCUCAAGUAGAAAAGCUAAUUUACUUGAGCCUAAAUUAAUAAGAAUACCACGUAUACACUACGCGCCCUCUAGUGGGCAGAAGGAUAGAUGCUACUGUAGCUAUUUAUUUCAAACACUACUGCUUAUUUCACAUCGAAGAAAACAUUACUUCAAAACAUUACUUAAAAUAAUACUGCAUUUAUUUUAUACAGAAUCGAUUUCUAUAAAAACAUUACCACAAUUUCAAUGCUCAUUACACUGUAACGUUGUCAUUUCUAAAAUAGAAUUUUGCUGCAUGACUGAAUUCAAUUACUUUUUCUGAUUUUAUUUUUAAAUAAUAGCCGAGUCCUCUUUUAACACAGUUGAAUCCUUUUUAUUUAGCUACUUUCAUUGCCAAAUACAUUUCUUCACCAAGUUCUAACGCAAAGGCCAGUAAAAAAAAACUGGCUUAAAUCUGUAUUUAGUAGUGUUUCGUAGUCUAUAGAAGUGCUAUAAACAGUUGAUAAUGAAUUAACCUUCACUUUACCUACACCAGCUUCCAUCACUCUCCCAUCAUGCAAUUCACCUGUUCAGUGCAAGGCCUAGCGCAAAUAACACAAUGGUCUAUAACGACUGAUAUAAGUCAAUAAAAUAUAGAAGCACAGCACGGAAUUUGUUCACUGAUUCUACAGAGAUUUAAUCGCGAUAAGUUGCUUUCCGUAAUUAGAACGAGCGUUUGUCACUCGUUCCAGUGAAAGUGUUUAUCUGUGCAUAUUUGAUGGCAUGUAAAAUCGUGUGAGUGUCGACGUUGAGUGACGGGCUUUCAGAGGAAAUCAGAAUGCCGCUUAUCAGAAAUCAGAACAUGUGAUGUGUGACAUUUGCUAACCACAAAAAUAAGAAUUCUCAUCAAAACAAAAUUUUCGUUUGCUCUUGUGAGGACAGUCCCAUUUAUGUAAAUUUUAUUUCUUGUGUGUGUGCGAGUGUCUGUGUGAUCGCGGCAGCCGUUUUUAGCAAUUGUUUGCUUUAAACGAAGGCCGUCAAGUUCAGUCGGUGUGUGAUUCGGACGAGUUGAUCCGGUCCCAAAAAAAAAUUAAUUACACCCUGCCAUGGAAAAGCCGAAAAAAUAUCUGCCACCUCGGAAGAGUAGAAAACUUUAACCUACGAAGAUGGCAUCUUCUAGAAAGGUCACUCACUAACGGUCGGUUAUUGGUGUCUAUUACAGUGAAAGCUGUAAGCAGAGUUUUUGGAAACGGCAGGUUUGGUAAUGAACGCGUGCCGCUGUUAGAAAUUAAGAUCAAAGUUUCACAUGUAAAACAAAACGCUGUGAGACCCAGUUACAAAAUCCCAGACAGUUUCACAUUUCAACAUCAGCGUUCGCACUUUGGUCAGGCACUGGUUGGUACUUCGUGUGAUAAUUCUCACAUAUGAAUAUUGGGUCAUGUUGUUUCAGUGGCGACAAUACAAUGUAGAAUCCGUCUUCUACGCCUACAAACGGAUCCGAAUCAGCUGAAUCAGAGAACACCUACAAUAAGAAAUACUGAGUCAUACUACUUAAAACACAUUUGACUCAUAUUUGUGUAAAAAAAGAUAAAUAUCUACUGAGGCAGAUAUCCGGACAACUAAGAAACAUACAGAUGCGAGGCAAGAAAGUGUCUUUAAAAAUAGCAGCCUUAAUGCUGAAGAACAAAAGUUCAUUUUGCAGUUGUGCCCGUUGCAGCCUAAAGAUUUUAAUGGUUGCCAAGUCAAUCAAUGCACUUUGUUGAUCCUCCCCAGGGAUUUUAUUCAGCUUGUUUCAUUCAGUAAGAAAAUGCAACAGUAUUCUCACUUUGCUAACAUUUUCUAUGAAGCCUGUAUUUAUAAUACGUUAUAAGGUUAUACUUAAGGCAUUAUAAUAAAUGCGUAUUGAUGAUAAAAAACAAAACGUAUAAUGUGUUAUAUCAUCUCAUAAAUAAUCUUAAAAGCAAUUGUAAUAGCCUACACAAAAUAUUUACGUAUCAUUUUUUAUGAAUAUGAUUUUUUAUAACGCACAGUGAACAUCAUUUUAAAUUUACUUCAUUUAUAAAGGACUUUAUCAUAUUUUGACGUUGUUUUUGUAAGGUCUGCGCAGCAUAGUGUGAGUGGUUAGGUGCUAAGUGUUAUUUGUGUGUCUCCUGCGAGACUAUUAAAUGUUUGUUAUAUAAACCUAAGAGUAUUAGAAGACUUAUGAAGGGUAGGUAGAAUGUUCACGUACUUAGUAUACUCCUGUGCUCAGUAUGUCUGUUGAGGAACCAUCAAAAUAAAGUGUUAGCACAUAUUCAGCAGACACACUACUAACACUCUAAUGUAGUUGCAGAAUUUACUUAUCAACAGCUGUCUAAAGAGUACCAUCAACAUGAUAUUAUAAAAAUUUUAUUCAAAAAGUUAAAAGCAAAUGUGUCAUAUUAUUCAUUCAACACAUUUAGCUGAUCUUACGGCUGUUUGAGAAUUAUUUGUAUUACUAUUAUUACUUAAUAAGUGUUAUUUGUCUGCUUUAGUAAAGUAACACGGGCAAGAUAAGAGACUUAUAAUGCAUUAUAACAAUGAGAAAUAUAAUCCAUUGCAACUUAAGUCGAUGAUUCAUGUUCAUUGUGUGUUAUAUAUGAUCAUACUCAUAAAGCAAUAACCACAAAUAAGAAUUAUAAUACAUAACAUUUUUUCUCAUGAAUAUAAUAUGAUACAACGUAUUUGAAAGUUAUUUAUAAUUCAUUAUGCAUUUAUUAUAAUACCUUAAGAAUGUAAUGUAUUAUAAAUACAGGCUUCACAAAAAGUGUAACAGGAUAUUGUAUACUGUGGUAUUACGCUGUAAAAUCUAAAGUCUGUUGACAAAAACACACAGCAAAGAUUUUAAAGAGGUUGUUCAGCCCAAUUUGAAAAUUUUAUAAUUUCUCAUUCACCCUUUUGUUGCUCCAAACCUCUGUACAAUUAUGAAGAAAGUUCAAACAACCUUGCCGAAUUGAUUUUCUUUAAAUGGGCCGUGGACCUUUCGGUUUGUAUCUUUAUGUGUGUUCAACAGAAGAGAGAAAAUCAUGCAGGUUUGGAACAACGUGAGUAAAUGAUGACAGAAAUUUCAUUUCUGGGGUGAAUCAUUCCUUUAUUAAACGCACAUGUCAUUAUGCAGCCGACUGUCUACAUUAUGCUAUUACUGUAUGCUUUUGGCUGUCGUAACCCUUGUUCUGCAUUGUGACUCUGCGUCUUCUUAUACCGCUCAUUGUGUAUAGAAAUGACAAUAACCUUAAUAUUAAUUAUGGCACAGCAGUACUGUUAAUCCAUUCUUUUGUAUGUAUGACAGAUGAUGAUUUCGCCUUCAUGGUUCUCACUUACUUUCUUAUAAAACUAGUUCAAAAGUUUACAGUGAAUUUUGCCUGUAAUGUACAUAAAAUUAGCUGCAUAAUUUUAAAGAAGCAUUCAUUGAUUUUUUAUGUAAUCAUAUAUGCAAUUUUCAAAAAGCAAUUGUUAUUUAUAUUCUGAUUGUAUUGAGAAAAUUGGAGGGAAAGAGCUUUACAGUCAAAACGAUACAGAUCAUGAGACUUUAUCUUGAUUAUUUUAUUUGUUGUUAUUUAUAAAAUUUUAUGCAGUGCCUCCUUCGGAAACCUAACAUGUAAAUCCUUUUACUGUAUAUUUAAAACAAUGCACAAAAGGUGUUGGAAACUUUAACGGAAACAAUGUAUCUUAAACGUCACUGACUAAAAUAAUGCGUGGGGCUCUUUUUUUUCCUUUAAAAAUGAUGUUCAGUGUAUGAUGCCAUAUGGUCGUUGGCGCGUGUUGUUUAUGAAUACCCUAACUAUGUUGUUUGUGGAACAUUUCUUUCUAUUUCCUUUGUGAUGACACACAGUAUUUUCUGAGUAUAAAUAAGUGCUGGAUACUGACUACUGGUAAUGACACAACUCUAUGUGGGAAGGUGGCAACUUCAGAUUGUUAUUUUUAUCCUAUAAAGAUCCUGUCACUGUUGUUUUUAACCAGAACUGCACAGGAAGACAACGACUGACUACAAAGGCACAAGAAUUUUUUAUCAAACUCUUGACUUCAGGAAUGCCUAAGUCUGAGAGAGAGAGUGGCAAGAGAGGAAGUGGGAGAGAAAAUGAACGACAGCCACCACUAAAAGAAGAGCGUGAAGCAUCUCCUCCUCUGUUAAACGAAUCUUCUUCACCUCAGAAUGUGGAACAUCUUACUUCUAGAGCUGCUGAUGGGGAACGGAUGCAGUAUCUUCAGCUGCUGUUUCAGAAUUCUCCGGCUGGCCCGAUCAGGCCGUCUGUACUUCGCUCUACAGCUCUACUGCUUCAGGCAAAUGAGAGCCACCAAGCAGCCAUGAACAGAAGAAAAGACACAGGUCACAGGUCACAGAUUUCUAUCCAAGCCGUUGCUGGCUCAAGCCAGCACAGGAAACAUUCUCCCAGCUUUCAUUCUCAAAGCCACGUUGAGUCAGAAAUCCAGAGAUCCAGCUCUCUUUUUAUAAAUGGACAAUGUCGCUGGCCAGGCUGUGACAAAGUCUUUGAAGGCUAUACUUAUUUUCUGAGACAUCUAAACCAAGAACACAGCACAGAUGAGAAAACGAUUGCACAGUGGCGAGUUCAGCAGGACCUGGUACGCCACAUGGAGAAUCAGCUCAUCCAGGAGAAGCAGAAACUUCACGCCAUGCAGCUUCACCUUCAUUUGUUCGAAUACAUCGCCACGCGUACCGGUUCUGAUACAGGCUGGUGGAGGCGGCUGGCACUAAAUAUGCCCCUGUUGGGGGAACCAGAUGGCAGGACAGAGAGAACUAGUGAAGCGUUGGUACGACAGGAACCCUGGCACAUGCCCCCACCACACCUGCUGCCAGAUUUUGUUAAUAGUGUUGAAUACUACAAAUAUGCUAACUUGCGACCUCCAUAUACAUAUGCUUUCUUAAUCAGAUGGUCAAUCCUGGAAGCUCCAGACAAACAGAGGACGCUAAAUGAAAUUUACAACUGGUUCACAAGAAUGUUCUUCUAUUUCCGUCAUAAUUCUCCUACAUGGAAGAAUGCUGUGCGACACAAUCUUAGUCUCCACAAAUGCUUUGUGCGGGUGGAUGGGAGGUCGGGGGCGGUGUGGACAGUGGAUGAGGAAGAGUUUCAGAAGAGAAAAGGGCAGAAAAUCCACAGGGACUACACUUUCAAAUGGCUGACACCUGUCUCCCAUUGCCCAAGCCACGAAGCCUCAGAUGUAUCAAUAACAGCCUCAAAUUCUCAGUGAAGCAUUUUCCAAAUGUUUAAUGCAGUAUGCAGAAAAAAACGAGGUUCAAAAAUAGAUCGUAGAGUUUUAGUUUUGUUCCAGUUAGAAAGGGAUAGUUGCUAAUAUUAAUUUUUGCAUCUCUGUCUGAAAAUAUGCUGUUUCUGUCUUGGUUUAUGUAUGUAAUGUAUGUUAAAAACAAGCACAUAAAUAGUUAGUCAAUGUAAAUUAAUGUAAUUUUGAAUGUAAUUUAGUUUAACAUUUUGAUAUGUUGUACUGUAUGUAGUUAAAAUGAUAAAAAGAGAAAGAAAUACAACAUAUUGAAAUAUCCAAAAUGGUUUAGAAUGAAACACUGACAGACCAAACCUGACCAGAAGAGGGCAUCUGUGCGUGUGCAGGUUUUAGGGUGUGGUGAUUCUGGAGCAGAGCAGGCAAAGACAAAAAGCAUCAUCAUAACUGCUAGAAUGAAAGACAAAGACAUUUCCUAUCCACAUUUAUAAAUCGUAUUCUGAUUAUAUUGAUAAUGUAAAAUCAUUUUUGAGCCACUAAAGCGGAUUUGAUUAAAAGCAAAUUGUACGUUGAAUCAAAUAUGUGUUAUAAAUUCCUCACCGUGUUAAUUUUAAAUAAAAUGACAUUCUUUUUCUGCCGUUUAUUCUUCCACAGAUGUGCAAAAGGACCUUUUUUUCACCUUAUUUUGCACAGCUGUGAUUUCAUGCUGCAGUCUUAAGGUGGAGAGUAAAUAAAUCUACUGUAUCUGC